AUGUCCGCAAUUAACACUUCAUCCAUUAACUCUUCAUCCCCAGCUACUCGAAACCAGUCUUCUUAUACAUCAGGCAGAAAUUCAGAAGACCUUAUUACAUACUGCUGUGUCUGCUUUAUUCCUGUUUCCAAUGGCCUAGGCAACACGAGUGGAGGUGACCCACAAUUCUGGUUGACAAGCUGUGGUCAUAUCGUGUGCGGGUCACACUGUUUCCCUAACGGUGUUCCCCAGGACGCAGCGGAAAGAACUCAUGCUUGCCCCUACUGUGGUAGUGGUGGUAUAUCUCUAGCCGAUUUGGGUGCUGGUAAAGUAAAGUGGGCUGUCUACUCCACCGAAAUUAGAACUCUGAUUCUCAUGUUCCUUUUGAACCAGGUUUCUGUGGAACUACGUGACUAUUUCCGCUCUGAAGCGGAACUUCUGGAGGAUGUUACUGGCGCUAUCAAAUUUCGAAUGAGUAAUGCGUUGCGGAUAGCAUCGCAUUACAGAGCGCUUGCCGAGAAGCUACAGGGUAAGGUUGACGACCAGAGAAGGGUGUUGCUGAAGGUGAAAGAUGAACUUGUGGAGGGGAAAGAGCUAAAAAAAAACAAGUCAGUGAUGGAGGAAGAGAUAGCAAAACUUCGUGAAGAGGUUUCCCAGCUUCGCUCUCAGCUGUCAUCUGCCCAGUUAUCUUCUUUGGAUUAUGAUGUCCCAGGAACAGCUCAGCAGCAGCAGCAGCAGCAACCAGAAACAAGGGCUACUCGGCAAGGCUCAGCUUCGCCCUUCACCAUAGCCCAGGAUAACCAAAAUUUUCUUAAAAGAAAAGCUGAUGAUUUAGGUGGUGACCCAGCCUUUAGGGCUAGGGAAUUCAGAAACGAAAUGAAUAAGAGACAGGCGCAGGUUCAGGCCAUGCCUCCCCCACCUGUACCACAACGGGCAAUCCAGCAAUACCAAGAUAAUAGACAAGAAGCACAAUAUAUUGAGCCAAGGCAGGAGCAAAGUGAAGAACAAUCCGAAUAUAGUUAUCAAUUUCAACAAUUAGGAUAUUCAACUCGAGCUCAGCAGCAACGUGUGUAUGAAGAUCAGCCACUUUGUAGAAGCAAUACAUCUCCGCAACUUAAUCUACAACGUCACAAUCUUUCUGAGCGAGAACGAUUUCCUACCAAUCAUGGAAGGCAUUUCAUCGAUCUUACAGAAUCGCCCGAUCUUAUGGGACCGCAGCAGAGUGGAUUUACAAACAAACAGCAGAGUAGAGAUAAACUACAAAAGGAUUAUGCGGGUAACAUCAACACUCCAUUUCAAUCGCCUCUUAAGAUAUCAACUCCAAGACCCAUAAAUACACUCCCUAUACGGGGCUCGGGAGAUAGGUAUUUCACAUCUCCAAUCAACCAGCCACCACAAUCCGCGAUAAGAUAUGGGAAUAAAAACAAUAUGUCUCCACUGUUACAAAAUAAGACGGCAGCUUUCCAUUCCCCAAGAAAUCGGGAUGAUAACCCCCGUCCCUGA